AUGGUCGAUACGCUCACCUUGGAUGCAACCCAAAGGGCUGCUACGGGUACAUUCCAUGGCGGCAGGAGAGGGGUAUUAGAGAUGCUGAUUCGAGGCCCAUUCUUCCAGUUCUUCCCCACCUCGGGACCACAGUUUCUUGAACCUGCCCCCUUGAGUCCGUCUUUCCAUACGCGGCCACUCUCCUCGCUCCCGCACAUCCCCGCCAUCACAACAUCCACUCUCCCACCUCAAGUUCCGCCCGCCUCCGUCAAAUCUGCAGUGGGUAUCAGCAUCAACAUCCCGUCAGUUGGGGCUAGAGAGCCAGCAACGACGGGAACCAAGAGGGAGCCCCCGAAAGUCGUCAUCAAGCACCCGGAUACCUUACAGCAGAGCACGAACUUUGUGAUUAUGUUGGCCAUGUGCCACUGUCAUUUCUUUGCCCCGUACGAUAGUUGCCUCGCUCACCUGGCUUCUAGAAUAGCAAGAGGUCUACGGCGGUUGAUGCUCUACAGUAUCCGCAAGGUGCCGUCCCCAGGUGUCCCCCAUAUCUACCUCUGCGCACCUAUGUAUUCGGCAGCAUUCCACUUGCACGGAAACACAGUAAAAAGAGCUGAUUCCGUCGAGGAGCUGCUGCCGUCGGUUCCCAUCGGUAGCAGUGGAAUUAGGGUUCCAUUGCGGGACCAGCCAAAUGCCAUUGUCACUAAUGGCAACCCCCCCAAGACAACGGGCACGAGGUAUAUGUAA